AUGGCUGCAGAGUCAGCGUCUCCGCCGGUCAUGCUCCGUAGGCCAAAUGGACGGAUGCAAGCCUGUGAUCCAUGCCGUUCACGCAAAGUGGCCUGCGAUCACCAGCAGCCGGUCUGCAGACGCUGCAUUAGCAGAGGCCAGGAGGACGAGUGUGUCUACACGUCUUCACUUCCUCGAAAGCCGCUAUCCUUGAAAAAGCUGUCAUCGCGUGGUCCGGGUGUCGCAGCCGGAGCCACUACGACUUACACCAGUAACAGCAGCGAUAGCAGUCUUCACGUUGAGGCGUCUACUCCGAGCACGGCCGGACUGGGGCCGAGCCGGCGGCCUGGAUCCGCCGAGGGGUACAGAUCACUGCGUCGUGCAGAGUUUCGGCGACAGGCCAAUACACCUAUUCAUGACGCCCGAAAGGUGACAUCACCCUUGGGGCCGUCGCAUACUGCCUAUUCCUUUGAGUCACCCGUGGACCAUGGUGGACGCCGUACCCAGUCGAUCAGCCACGAAAUUGCUUCAACUACCGCAACGCCAGGGAGCCAUCUCGUCUCGGACAGGGCGCCUACCCCAGCAAAAGACCAAGAGCCGGGGUACUUGGGGUACAUCAGUCACUCAUCAGUUUUGCAGGAGACUGAAAACAGCCUGUCCAUGAUUCAGGGGUUUCAAGCAUUCUUACCCCAGCUAGCAAGCAAUGACUUGAGACAGAAUGUCGAAGAGCUCAGGAACCGUUAUUCACCGACAAAGGAGAUGUGCCUCGUGGUGCUUCGAGGUAUACCGGCUCCAAAUGUGGGCCUCAUCGAGGCCAAUAAAGACUCUCCGCUCUAUCGAGAUGGUUGGCUAAGAAUGGUUGCAAUGCGCGUACUCUCCCAAUUACAUGAAAGAUUCGGUCCUUACCUGGGGCUCUGCCGUGUAGACUCCCAACUUGAAGAGAUUGCGCUUUUCCUGAGCGAGAAUACUGCCAAACCAUUUCAAGAAGACGAGCCGGAUGCCGAAAAAUGGAUUGGGCAAUUUACAGGACCCAAUCUUAGAUGGGAGUCGGUUGGAUUGAUCUUUAGUUUUAUAUACUUUGUGCCUGAAACCUAUAGUGCGUUCGAUUUUGAUGGCGGAAAGCAGUGGUUACAGAUUUCUCGUGUCUGUCUUGGCCUUUGUAUCGACCUGAGCAGGAGGUUUGCGUCGGCAAAUAGUCUGUUGGCCCAGCUCUACAUGCGCCGUUCUACGAAGGAAUCUAUCUAUACUGGAGAUGCUAGCUAUUCCUCAUGGGGGACCGGAGCAGAAUCGGUGGCCUUGGCGACGUUCCUUGGUUUACAUGCUGAGUCAAACCUCCCAUCUUACGAACCAUCACUAGCUUCCGAAUCUCGACGACUCCUUUUUGCUCAGAUGUUUGUUGGGGAGAAGCAUGCGGUGCUGUUUACAGGUCGGCCACCCCGAUUGUCACAUCGAUAUGCGUUUACCCCCCUUCCCCUUGAUCUACGAGACGAGGAUCUGCUGCAAGGCGGAGACGCCAUCAAAGAAGCUGUCAAAUCUCUGGAUAAAAAUGGAUGGAACACAGACGGAAAGGUAUACGCCGCGACUUUCACCCGAGCGAGAUAUAUUCUAUCGCUUCUACGAGACGAGUUGAUUGAGAUUGGAAUUGGCAAAGUAACGCAAAAGGUUGCCAGUGCUCUCCUCCAAGAUGUCAAAGAACGGCAGAUUGAAGCCGUCAAGGAAUUCCCUUCGGCAUUAGACUACGACCCGUCUGGCAUUGCCCAUCCCGAUUCAAACAUUACCGUACUAUUUGCAAGAAUACUAUUACAACUUGAGCAACUGCAGAAUCUCUUUCUCAUUGAGAGGCUGUUAUUGAAACAUGGGGAAAUGAACAAAUCCAGUCUGUUGCCUAUUAGUUAUCGACUUGUUGAGUUGACGCUGCUCUUCUGGACGCAUAAAGAUCGCUUUGCCUCUUUUAGGGAUGACUUUGAGUGGCUGGUCAUGACUUUUGCAACUCCUAGUGGAGGUAUACUCUGCAUGGAGUUACUCAACUCCUCCUUCAAAGGCUGUCACCCAAAGAACCCCUCGAUAACACGGUCGAAUAUUAUACAGCAGCUCAGUCUCUUGAUUGGCUUUCUCGAGUGGAUCGAUCCUUCUAGGCCGAACGGCAGCAUGUGUGUGACUACCGGUGCCGUCAUGAGGCGUGUGCUGGACCAUGUUCUCAACGCCGGUAGCGAUGGCGUGAGCUGGCAGCAAGAAACCAUUGAUGAUAUGCAGCUCGACUUUAACUUUGAACUCUUUGAUACGUUUGACUGGAUGAAGCCUGACGUUCUGACCAACUAG